CUGUGCUGUGCUGUGAUGGCCGGGGGCCGCAGGGCUGUGCUGUGCUGGUGGCCGAGGCUGCUGUUGGAGGCUGUGAGUUGCUGGGGCUGCAGGAGCCGAGCCCGGGGGCAGGCGGUUCUCGAUGGCUCUAUUCAUUUAGGAAGAGGAUUUACUCUGACAUUAGUGACCUUUCUGGGUUAUGGAGCUUAUAGAAACAUCCCAAAAUGCUUGGUUGUUCGUGCAAUUGAAAAAGUAUUUCCAGUUGAAGACAUUAUAGAACAAGCCGACUACCUUUAUGGCACUGGGGAAGUGGAGAAACUUUAUCAGCUUCUUAUCGAGUGCAAUUCCAGUGAAAACGGUGAGAUUCUGUGGCGCUUAGCUCGUGCAUCGCGUGACUUGGCUCAGCUCAAGACCACCUCGACAGAGAAUAAGAAGAAGCUGACAUACGAGGCUCUGACAUAUGCAAAAAAGGCACUUGAGAAAAAUGAAUCUAGUUUUGCAGCUCAUAAGUGGUACGCUAUCUGCAUCAGUGAUGUUGGGGACUACGAGGGCAUCAAGGCUAAAAUUGCAAAUUCAUAUGUCAUUAAAGAACAUUUCCAGAAGGCCAUAGAGAUUAAUCCAACUGAUGCAACAUCAAUUCACUUAAUGGGAUUAUGGUGCUACACUUUUGCAGAACUACCCUGGGUCCAGAAGAAGAUAGCGGCCAUGUUUUUUUCCAUACCACCAAGCUCUACCUUUGACGAGGCUCUACAAUAUUUUACUGAAGCUGAGAAAGCUGAUCCAAAUUUCUACAGCAAAAACUUACUGAUGUUAGGUAAAACAUUCAUGAAGUUACAAAAUGUGAAGAAUGCCAUACUGUGGCUGAAUAAAGCAAAAAACUACCCAACACGUACUGAAGAAGAUGUGCAGGUCCAAAAAGAAGCUGCUGAAUUACUGAAGUCAAUGGGUGUGAAGUGAGAAGCCGAUUCAAAUCAAGCUCAAUGCAAUGUAAUUGUGAAAUGAAUCAUUUCUAUUGUAAGAUAUUCUAUUGUAAGAUAAAAUGAGUGAAGGUUUUCAUUAAUUUCUCAGAACAUUACUCAAUCAAAAGAAUUUUUAUUAAAGGUUUGUAAAUCAUUUUAGAAUUCUACAAUAAUGAAAUUGUACAGGUUGAAACUAUUGCCUUGCAAUAUUAAACGUUAUACUCUACAUCAUG